AUGAUAACAAAUCAUCAGACUAUUCAGGAGAGAGACUACUUCUUACCUCCUGUGUUCACGUCUGAUGACAAUGAGACGAGGAAGAUGAUGAUGAAGCAGCAUAUUUAGAUUACGAUUAUGAGAUAAAGGAAUCAAAUUAUAAAGACUCACCGGACUUGGCAACAGUUCGGGCAGACACACAUGAUGUUCCAGUUGUAGAUGAUAAAAUACCACUGCACACUGCAAAGAUAAUUUGCCUAUUUUCUUAUUGGAGCCAGAAAAUACUUAUGUUGUCAAAAAUAAACCUGCCACGUUAAAAUGUCGAGCUGCUAACGCUUUAAAAGUAUUUUUCAAAUGCAAUGGCAUACAAACUCAAGCACUAAAUUUCGAGUUCGUUGACCCUCAAACUGGAGUGAGGAUAAUUGAGGGAGAGUGUAAAGUGACGAGGGAGAAUGUUGAGGAGUACUUUGGGAGUGACAAGUACCAAUGCACUUGUUUUGCUUGGACCAGCCGUGGGCACAUACGGAGUCAACCUGCUACUAUCGAACUGGCGUAUAUAAAGAAACAUUUCGCUCUGGCCCCACAAUCUCAAGUUGUGAAACAGUAUACAUCAGUAACGUUCCGCUGCGAGCCUCCACCAGCGGCCCCUUUCGUUCAAAUCUACUGGCUCAAGAACGGAGCUCCCGUUGUCGAAGAUGAAAAUGUGCACGUCUCUAAAGACAGAGAUCUAUUUAUUAAGCAAGCUUCGUUGUUGGACAUGGCGAACUACACAUGUGUCGCUGAAAAUUUAGCGGGAAAACGGAUGUCUGAACCAGCCUUGCUGACUGUGUUCGUUAAUGGUGGUUGGAGCGCAUGGUCAGCUUGGAUCGACUGCUAUUGUGAUGAGCAGGGAAGGGAAGCCCAUUCAGGGAGGAAGAGGGAGAGGACUUGUACGGCACCUAGACCUUUGAACGGAGGACAACCGUGUAUGGGUCCUAAUGUACAGAAGACACAGGAUUGUUUGGAUUGUGAAAUAGAUGAACUAGAUGAGUUGGCUGAUGAAUCACCGGAUUUGUUAUUAGGUCGUUGGUCCCAAUGGUCGGAAUGGUCUAGAUGCGACUUGGAUUGUCUUAGAACAAGAAGGAGACGAUGUUUGUCUAUCAACGCCUGCAGAGGAAUAGACUAUCAGGUGGCACAGUGCAAUCUGUGUGUUAGGACUUCUAAGAGUGAUCUUGAUAAUGGAUCAUAUUGGCCUCUCUUGGUUGCGUUAUCGAUAGCUCUCCUGAUAUUCAUAGUGGUUGUUUUACUGGGAAUAAAGUAUAUUAAGUUUAAAAUUAACAACAGUUCGCCGUAUGUGAAACCACCUUCAGGUUCGAAUUACUUCGGUAACGUAAUAAAGAGGACACUAACCAAUCAGCCGGACUUAACUAUACACGAGGAGUUCCAAACUAUUGAUUCUCGAAGGACACACAGACAUAUGAGCACAUCUACUAACACACGCCAUGAACAUCUGUACGAAGUACCACAGCUAGCUAACAGCUACAUCACACCCAUAGACCACGAGGUAAGAAAUGACAGAAAUGGAAGCGAAAGGAAUUACGCUUGCAAGGACAGCGUCGAGUCAGACCGAUCUGACUCCAGUUGCUUUUUGAGCUCCGGCUCAUCGUAUGGUAAUGAAAGUGUAGAGAUGACACCGUCGUUGAUAAAUAAUGCAUCAGUAGACUCAAAGUUCUUUGCUAAGCAAUUAGAAGUAGCUACUUCAAAAAUAGUUACACCAGACGGUGAUUGGUUGAAUCUUAAUAAAUGUGGAGUAAGCCUAUUCGUUCCCGAUGGAGUGGUGGAAAAGGGAGAAGAGUUAUUCUCGAUUGAGGUCGCAGACGACGAUUGGAAUAGGCCGCUGCUGCAAGAAGGUGAAAUUCAACUAAGCCCCAUUAUACGGUGCGGACCCAAAAACUUUCACUUUUGCAAGAGUGUGGUUUUGUCCUUUCCACAUUGUGCAGCUUUGAAGAACACCAGCUGGUUUCUAUCCAUCCUCCAAAGGCCCGAAGAAAUCAACUCGAGGGAGUGGCGGAAAGUUUUGACUUUGGGCCAGGAAACGCCCGGGACCCCACUGUUCGCACAAGUCGACCCUUCUAAAGUUUACCUAGUGAGCGAAUUUCUAAGCGACUUUGUUCUAGUCGGGAGAAGUUUCAGCGGUCUAGACGCGAAGUUGUAUAAAGUCGCUUUGUUUAUAUCUAAAAGAUUGGACGACAGUUACUAUAGUUUGAAGAUUCAUGUGUUUCACGAUACGCCUUACGCUUUCUACGACUGUUUCGAAAGUGAAAAGAAGUUAGGUGGCUCUUUACUCUGUGAUCCAAAGACAUUAUAUUUUCAACAGAAUUGUUCUGAUUUAUGUAUUAACAUUAGAGAUGUAGGAGUUGGUUGGAAGGUACAUACCGGAGGGAAAUACCAGGAACUGUCGUAUUCACAAGUGUGGAAUAUGACAAUGAAACCUCUGCAAUAUAUAUUUGUGUUGCAGCAAACGGAUUCAAUAAACUGUUUAGAGUUAAACGUUUCUAUUUAUCAGAAGCAGAAGCAAUCGAAUUCUGUCAAUUUCAAUUUCAAGACGAACGACUUGAAUUUUAAUAUGAAUAGUAAGAGAUUCAGUUGUGCGAGUGUAGAGACUGUUAAUAUAUUAGAGAACCCGUUCAAUUAUUCCUCGCUGAGUAAGAAGGAGGGAAGGUACGACUUUGUGUAUAAGAAUCACAGCAUUAGGAGCUAUUUUAGCGUUGACAAUAAUUACCGGACUAAUGUGUUGACCAAGUCGGAUAGAGUGAUACUGUGCAAACUAUUGGAUUCUCAGUCAGUGAAAGGGAACGACUGGAGACUGUUGGCUGAGAAAUUGAAUGUUUGCUUUUUCUAUUAUUAUUUCACGAAUACUUGUUCGCCCACGGAGAAUAUAUUGAACUUAUGGUUGUGUAGGAAUAAUGACGUGAACAUGUUGGUCAAUUUGUCGAGGAUAUUCAGGGAAAUGGGUAGGAUUGAUUGUUCUACAGUAGUCGAGAGACGGUGUUUUGCGAACUGA